AUGUGGCAGCGGCCCCGGCCCCGGCCCCGCGCGCCCUGGCCUUGGGCGCUGGCGCUGCUGGCGCUGCUGGCGCUGCUGGCCCUGGGUGGCGCGGGGCUGUGUCACGCCGCCCCGCCGCCCCGGCACCCAGCGCGCCCCAGCGCCCGGAGCAAGAACUGGUGCGCCUACAUCGUGCACAAGAAUGUGAGCUGCUCCGUCCAGGAGGGAAGUGAGAGUUUUAUUCAGGCUCAGUACAACUGUCCCUGGAGCCAGAUGCCCUGUCCGCUGGUGUAUCGUGUGAACUUCAGACCCAGAUACGUCACCAGGUACAAGACAGUGACGCAGCUGGAAUGGAGGUGCUGUCCUGGCUUCAGAGGGGGAGACUGCCAAGAAGGUCCCAGAGACCCCAGGAAAAUGCCCCAACCCACGCCCUCCCGGCCUCGAAACACAAUGAAGAAAGGCACAGACAAUGAACCAAGCCAAGUCUCAGAGCCCAAGAAGCCCUCAUCGCCAACUCAUGCUGAGCCAAAUCGGACAGUAGAUCCAGAACUGGGUCCCCGAGAUCUUCAGGAUAAGAAAAUCCAGGUACUUGAGGAGAAGGUUCUCCGACUUACACGGACGGUUCUUGAUCUCCAGUCUUCCAUUGCUGGAGUGAACGAAAACCUCAAACAUGCCAUUCAGGAUGAUGCCAGCAAAAUGGCAUCAUGGUUCAGUAACCUGCACCCCCCGCCAGUGCCGGACAGUGUGGUUGCUGGAGACACAGAAAGAGUUCCACUUCCAAGUGUCCCCGACAAUAAGGAAGCUGGCAUGAAGGACAUCAAGUCAGAAUUGGCUGAGGUCAAGGAUGCUCUGAAGACUAAGAGUGACAAGCUGGAAGAGCUGGAUGGGAAAGUGAAGGGGUACGAAGGGCAGCUCAAACAGCUCCAGGAGGCGGCCCAGGGCCCUACGGUGACCAUGACAACCAAUGAGCUCCACCAAGCUUAUGUGGACAGUAAGAUCGAUGCCCUGAGAGAGGAGCUCAUGGAGGGAAUGGACAGAAAGCUGGCUGAUCUGAAGAACACAUGUGAAUACAAGUUGAUUGGUCUCCAACAGCAGUGCGACGACUACGGGAGCAGCUACCUGGGAGUGAUUGAGCUUAUAGGAGAGAAGGAAACAAACCUGAGAAAAGAAAUUGAUAAACUUCGAGCCCAAGUACAGGAUCCUUCAGCUCAGUCAGAUUGCUGUGGUGGCGAAAAGAAUGGUGAUUUGGCAGAACAAAUCAAGAAAUUAGACCAGAAAAUUGAAAGAGUUGCUGAAGCAACCAGAAUGUUAAAUGGACGACUGGACAAUGAGUUUGACCGCCUUGCAGUUCCAGAGCCAGAUGUGGACUUUGAUGCCAGAUGGAGUGAGCUAGAUGCAAGGAUCAACGUGACAGAGAAGAAUGCGGAAGAGCACUGCUUUUACAUUGAAGAAACCCUGCGGGGGGCCAUUAAUGGAGAGGUUGAUGACUUGAAGCAGCUUCUGAAUCAGAAAAUACAGUUCCUGGAAGAGCGUCUGGGGAAUGUGCUGGAGUUGGCUAACAGCACUGAUGCAGAAUUCACUUCCCCGGCGUCAGCCCUACUUGGUCCAUCAGGAGUUGGGAAUGAACAAGUUAUGAUGGAAUUAAACCACUUGAAGGACAAAGUACAAGUUGUUGAGGAUAUUUGCCUGCAGAAUUUCCAGGGAGAGCCUCAUGGCAUAGAAGAUACUUGGCCAAAUGGCGAAGACCACACAGUGGGUAAUAGCUUGUACCUUUUGAAAUCUCUAAAUGACUCCAUGUAUAGGAAGUUUCACGAAAUCGAACAUAGCAUCCAGAAAGUUCAAGAGGAUUUUAGUUUUCUUUAUUCUCAACUAAACCACACUGAAGAUGAUGUGAAUCAUCUUCACAGUGAGCUGAUCAAUUGUAGAGAAGGUAAAAUUGCUGGAGAGGGUGCAUUUUCUAUGGGGGAUGAGCAAGAAAAGACAGUGACACCCCUCCCACCUCCCCAGGACCCCACAGCUCAAUGCUGCAGCCAGCUGGAGGAAAGGUGGCAGAGGCUGGAGAGCCAGGUCCUCUCUGAGCUUAACACUUGCAAGGAAAAUACGCACGAGGUCCAGAGGGACGUUUCCAUGGUUGAGGGCAGGGUGUCUAAUAUGGAGAAAACUUGUAGCAAACUGGACUCCAUCUCCGGAAACCUUCAGAGAAUCAAGGAAGGGCUCAACAAACACGUCAGCAACCUGUGGACCUGUGUCAGGCAGAUGAAUGAGACAAUCCGAUCCCAUUCCAGAGAUAUUUCUGGCCUGAAGAAUUCAGUCCAGCAGUUUUAUAGCCACGUUUUCCAGAUUUCUACCGAUUUGCGAGAUCUGGUCAGAUUUCAACCAUCAGCAACAGAAGAUCCCUCAGAAGCACCAAAGUCACCACCCCAAGGCAAGGCACCUGAAAGUCCUCCACACCUGGUGCUGCCAGAGGCCCCUACUGAGCCAUCUCAUCCAAAGCUGACCACGCUGCCGAGCAGUCCUCUGCUUCCCAAGGACCGCAGACAGCAGCAGCACACAGGCCAGGCAACAGGACCCCUGCAGCCGCCGCCGCUUCCACCAGCACGACCUGGCUGGACCGGGCUGCCCUUCUUGCCGGGCUCCACUGGGGUCAUUAUGGAGACUGGAGAAGCUGGUCCUCCAGGGAGGAUGGGCAUGUCAGGAAGAGGCCUGCCCCAGGGGGUAGAUGGCCAGACAGGACAGGGGCCCAUCCCCAGCACAGAAGGCUUCGCAGGAGCACCAGGAUACCCCAAGUCGCCUCCUGCAGCCUCCCCAGGGCUUCCGGUGCCUUCUGUGGUGUCUUUCUCUGCGGGGCUGACCCAGAAGCCUUUUCCCAGUGAGGGGGGCGUCGUCCUCUUUAACAAAGUGCUGGUCAACGACGGGAACGUGUACAACCCUGAUACUGGGAUCUUCACGGCCCCCUUUGACGGGCGCUACCUGAUCACAGCGACCCUCACUCCUGAGAGAGACGCGUAUGUGGAAGCCGUCCUUUCGGUCUCCAAUGCCAGCGUGGCCCAGCUGCACACCGCCGGCUACAAGAGAGAAUUUCUGGAGUACCACCGGCCCCAAGGAGCUUUGCACACUUGUGGGGGCCCAGGGGCCUUCCACCUGAUUGUGCACUUGAAGGCAGGAGACAGUGUCAACAUCGUGGUGACUGGGGGCAGGCUGGCUCACACCGACUUUGAUGAGAUGUACUCCACAUUCAGUGGGGUUUUCCUAUAUCCUUCCCUUCCCCACCUCUAGGGCAGCAGGCGAGAGCUGCGAGAACUCAAAGCUUUAUUUAAUAUAUUCAGUUAAUGUAAGUAACUGGAGCACUGGUCUAGUUUUUGCAGACCUCCCACCACCUCCCCCAAGAUAGAGGCCUUGCUUGGUGGCUGAGGCCAGCGCACCUUAGAGUCUCCUCAGAGCGAAGUGAAACAUGUGGCCACUGAUGCUGUCACUCUGACCGGAGAACUGGAAUUGCCCCUGCCAGCUAGACUCCCUCCCAACCUGGGGGUCUGAGUACUGCUCUGAGACCUGGGCAGGGCGCACAGGGUGCUUUACGCUGCUUUCCACAGGGCCACGCGACCACAUCCUGCUGCUGGGGAAGAGCGCCAGGCUGCAGGUCUGAGAGGAGGGCAGGCUGGCGAAAUGUGGUGCCUGUGGCUAGUCUUCAUUGGAGGGCAGAACUGUUGUCCGCUGUCUUUGUAUUUAACUGCACAAAGGAGAAAAGUUUAAACACUGAAGUGCUCCAGUGCACGUGCUGCCACACAGACCUUGGGCCUGUGUGGAGAUGUGAAACUGUGGCUGUCUGGGCUCCUUGAAUGACAUGUACAAUUGAUGUGCAAAGACAGGGAGCAUCAAUAAAGAUUUAAAACCUUCCAGUGUCCAAAUCUUGGAGUAACUCAAGUCUGGUGCUUUAUGACUAAAAAGCAAAUAGCAGAAAGAUGGUUACCUUUUUUUAAUGGCUGCUUGAAUAAAUUAUUCGACCUGUUACCCUGAAGGUCUCAAGUUGUACAUUUGGGUUGUUUUGGGCUUGUGAGGACAUAGCA